AUGCUUUGGAACAGAGCCCAAGCAGGAGACAUGACUGUCAUGUUUGACCAUAGUACGGACAACAACAAUGUUUCUUUUGUUCUCCCUACAUUAUUGCUUCUGCUGCAGAACAAAAGCUACCCCAAGACCUCCCUUCCUGCAGCUGACCAUGAGAUGACAGAGUCACCCCAGGAGCCCAGGCCAAGCAAGAACCGCACUGUCUUGCAGUAUGAGUUGAAGCCAGGGGAAAUUGUAUCAGCCAGCAUGGUUUUUGGAGUACUGUGGAUAAUUUCCAUCUUUGGAAACUCCCUCGUUUGCUUAGUGAUCCACAGGAGCAGGAGGACGCAAUCAACCACCAACUAUUUUGUUGUCUCCAUGGCUUGUGCAGAUCUUCUCAUCAGUGUUGGAAGUGCACCAUUUGUGCUGCUUCAGUUUACAGCAGGCAGGUGGACACUGGGGAAUGUGAUAUGCAAACUGGUAAGGUAUAUUCAGUAUUUCACUCCCGGAGUCCAGAUAUAUGUGCUCCUCUCCAUAUGUGUGGAUCGAUUCUACACUAUUGUCUACCCACUGAGCUUCAAGGUGUCAAGAGAGAAAGCCAAGAAAAUGAUUGUAGCAGCUUGGAUCUUUGAUCUUGCAUUUACAUCACCCGUUUUCUUUUUCUAUGGCUCCAAUGAGGAUGACCAUUGCAACUUUUUUCUCCCAGGUUCUUGGGAAGGAGCCAUCUACAGUAUUAUCCAUCUCUUGGUGGUGUUUUUGACCCCAUCCAUCCUCAUUAUCCUAUUCUACCAAAAGGUCAUUAAGUACAUUUGGAGAAUAGGCACUGAUGGCAGGACUGUUAGAAGAACAAUGAAUAUUGUCCCAAGAACGAAAGUGAAAACAAUCAAGAUGUUCUUAAUGUUAAAUUUAGUGUUUCUCCUGUCCUGGCUCCCAUUUCAUGUGAUACAACUGUGGCACCCAGAGGAAACAGACUACAGAAAAAGUUCCUUGGUUUUCAUGGUUAUCACAUGGAUCUCUUUCAGUUCUUCAGCUUCUAAGCCAACCCUGUACUCAGUGUACAAUGCAAACUUCAGAAGAGGGAUGAAAGAAACGUUUUGCAUGUCCUCCAUGAAAUGCUACAGAAGCAAUGCAUACACCAUCACCACCAGCUCAAGGAUAGCAAAAAAAAAUUAUGUCGGGAUCUCAGAAAUCCCAGCACCAGCCAAAACUGUAACCAAAGACUCAAUCUAUCAUUCAUUUAACAGAGAAGCAAAAGAAAAAAAGCUUGCCUGGCCUAUUCAUUCAAAUCCUCCAAAUACAUUUGUCUAA